AUGGAUUUUAAUUUGAACGAGUAUCCAACUAAUGAUGUUGGCGAUGAAGAUGAAGUAUCGUCAAGGAAGGAAGCAUUUGUUGAUGAAAAUAAUGUUGAAAAUAGAAACGAAGAUUGUGAUGAUAAUUCAGAUGUUGGAGACGGAGAUAAGGAUGAAAGCGUUGAAGAAGUUGAGGAAAAUGUUGAAGAUGAGCAACAUGUUGAGCAUGAUUGUGCCAAUUUUGUCGAUCUACUUAAUAGGAUUGAUGUACUUGAGAUGGUAUUAGAGGUUGGAAAAUCUGUGAAUGAUCCCGAAGCAGCUCAUAUUUUAUAUUGCGAGUAUGCAAGACUGAAGGGGUUUAGUGUGACAAGAGAUAACAAAGGUUACUUUAAUCAUACUAAAAUAUGUAGUUUCCAAACAUUUCUUUGCUCUUGCCAUGGUAGGAGUGAAACGAAGACAUCAUUGGCGACUAGAGGGAUGGCUACUUACAAGAAGCAAGAUCGAAAGACCAUGUGUAAGGCAAAGCUAAGGGUGGCACGCAGACGUAAUCAGCCAUGGAAAGUGAGUUCUUGGUACAGAGAACACAAUCAUGAAUUAUUCCCCUCUGGCCAGUCGUAUUUGUUACGGUCUGCCCGUUCUGUGUCUAAAUGUAAGAAACUUUUGAUAGAAGCAAUGAAUUCAGCAGGCAUUGGCAUCUCUCGGGCUUGUGCAUUCAUUGAGAAGGAGUCAGGCGGGCCACAAAAUUGUGGGUUUACACGGAAGGAUGCUUAUAAUCACAUUAAUGGCUUAAAGAUGAAGACAAAAGUGGAAAACGGUGAUGUAAAUAGCCUUAUUCAAUAUUUCAGCAAGAUGUCGAAUAGUGAGGCAUUCUUUUAUUUUGACUUUCAAGUAGAUGAUGAAGGGCGACUUAUGAAUUUUUUCUUCAGAGACUCUCGCAGCUCUUUGGACUACGAUUAUUUCGGAGAUGUGUUGUCUGUAGAUAGUACGUAUCGGACCAACAGAUACAAGCUUGUUUGUGUUCCUUUUGUUGGUGUGAACCAUCAUUUGAAGAAUGUUAUGUUUGGAAUUGGUUUCCUAUCUGAUGAAACCACCCGAUCUUACGAAUGGUUACUUUCCACUUUCUUGAAGUCUAUGCAUUCGAAACAACCGGACAUAAUUUUUACGGAUCAAUGCCAAUCUCUUAUGAAUGCAAUUGAUUUCGUAUUCCCGAGCGCUAGUCAUCGUCUAUGUCAGUGGCAUAUCAACCAAAACGCGCCAUCGCAUUUUGGGAAGUUGAAUGGGAAUUCAUUCUUCAAAAAAGCUUGGUUUCAUUGUAUGAAUGGAUGUGAUACUGAGGAUGAAUUUGAAGUAACUUGGAUGUGUAUGAUUGAUGAAUACAGGCUUGAAGAGAAUAGAUGGUUUAAUACCAUGUACGGGUUGAAAAAGAGUUGGUCCUCUGUCUUUACAAAUCAGCGAUUUUGUGCCGGCCUACAUGCAACAUCGCGUAGUGAGGUAACAAACAAGGUUAUUAAGAACCUUUGUAGUGCAAGCAUAUCAUUACAUGAUUUUGUGCUUAAGUUUGAAGAAGUACAAAUUCAAUGGCGGCGAAAAGAAGCUGAAGAGGAUGCACUCUGUAUAGGAAUGCCAGGGUUAUUUGUGCAAAACAAUGAAUUGUUGAAUAGUGCAGCUAAAUUCUUGACACGAAGUGUGUUUCGAAAAUUGGAGCAUGAGGCUAGUUAUUCAAUGAACGUUGAUUUAAUCAAAGGGCCAUCAAGUUAUGCUUCUGAUGACAUAGAAUUCACCGUGUCUUCUGGUAACUCUGGUGGGAAUCCGAGGCUUGUUAAAUUCAAUAGAUCAAGUGAGCUUGCUAGCUGCACGUGUCGUCUUUUCGAAACAGCGGGAUUUCUGUGUUCUCACAUUUUCAAGAUUUAUUAUCUUAUGAAUGUGAAAAGCAUUCCAAAACAAUAUUUGUUGACCAGACUAUCUCGGCUGGCGAAGAAUAGAAUUUCGAUGAAUGUAGAUUUCGGCAACGCUGUAGAGAAUGAUACGGAGCUGCAUAUAUCCAGUUUGGCCUUUGUGAAUCACUUGAUGCGGUCCACAUAUGAGCUUGCCGAAUAUGCAAAAAUGCAUACUGAUAAGCGUUGCCUUAUUAUGAACCGCCUAGCAUCAUUGCGUGAGGAGGUUUAUGGUGUUGCAUUUCGAAAUCCGAAAGUGGCAAAGACACGUGGUGAAACCAAUUCAAGAAUUGAAAGACACUGGGAUAGAUCUAAAGGCAAGGGCAAGGAAAAAAUACAGAAGAAGAAAGCAGGUUGUGACACUCGUGCAUCUCAGAAACGUAAGUUGCAGCACUCGGACAAUGUUAGGAACUGUACAUUGUUUGAUAUGCCAUGUGGUUCUCAGGGUACUGCUAAUCCUAAUGACACACCUACUUCUCCAUGGACUCAUUCUGAUUCUGUGGCAUAUGCGAAAAUUAUUACUGGUGAAGAACCUGUAAAUCCCACUCCAACUGACGACUCUAAAGGCAAGGCUAAUCAACAAAUAGCACGCAAGAAAGCAUGUGGCCAAAGGCGUCCAGCUCAGAAACGUAAGUUGCACAACUCCGACGAUGUUAGUAACCCUGCACCCUUCGCUAUGCCAUCGGCUUCUCAUGAUAUUGAUGUGCCAUAUGAUACUUGGGAUGAAAAUUUUGGUUGGAUUCAUGCUGAUUCUAGGACAUAUGUAAAUAUUAUUGAUAAUGAAGAACCAGUAAUUCCCAAUCUGGAUGACGACUAUGAGGACUUGGACUUGAACUUUAGUCUUUCAAGGAUUUGA